AAGAAGCACCGCAAGAUGGCGACAGGGGGUGGAAACUUGUGACGGACAGCAGAACUUUCAGGUGCAGGUGAUAAAAGAGCAUUUCCGUGCAGGUGAGCUCCAGAGACCCGGAUGUGCUGCGGAACCUGGACGGACUUCUCCGCUCUCGGUGUUUGUCCUGCGGGAGUUUGGCUGCAGCUCCUCGUCUCGCUGGUUUCCCAGCUCUUUUAGCUCAGUUAGCACGGAGAGCUAACCGCUUCCGCCUUGCAGCGCGACACAGACACUGAGCUCUGCCCCGACCUGUCAGUCAUGCUGGUGAGGUGAAGGGAGGAGGAGGAGGUGAAGGGAGGAGGAGGAGGAGGACGUGGUGGUUUGGCCGUGAGGCUCCGGGGGACAGAGUGGGACUGUGGAGAGUCUCCUGGACUUUGUGGAAAUGUGCGCCGUGCAGGAGCUGCGCUCGCGGGUCCAGCAGCGGCUGGCCGCGGCCGCCGAGGAGAUCUGCGGCCUGUUCGAGCGGACCAUCGCCGAGUACGAGGCGCAGAACAGCCGUCAACAGAAGCUGCUGGCCGCGGUGCUCAACCCGGAAGUCCGGCUGCAGAGGACAGUGUUGCCUCAGAAGCUGCUGGGGAGUGAAGAAGAGGUUCCCCCUGAGCAGCAGGAGCAGACCCCCAGCCUGGACCAGCAGGAGCCAGAGCCCCCACACAUUAAAGAGGAACAGGGGGGAGAGCAGCCUCAGGAUAUCACCAACAUCCCACUCACUGCUGUCCCUGUGAAGAGUGAGGAUGAUGAGGAGAAAGCUCAGUCCUCGCAGCUUCAUCACAGCCAAACUGAGGAGAACAGAGAGGCGGAGCCUCCAGCCAGCAGCUCCACUGAACUGAUGGAAACAGAAGCUGAUGGAGAGGAAGCAGCCAGGAACUCUGAUCCAGCUGCUGAUCUACAACCAGCAAGUGAUGCCAAGACAUCCAGCUCCUCUGAACCUGAGACUGAAGACAGUGAAGACGAGUGGAAGGAGACCAGGUCUCGGCCAAGAUCGAAAAGGCUCAUCCUGUCUAGAAACAGAUCUAAUGGUGGUAAAGCCUUUCAUCAGCAGCCUAACACACAGAAACAUCUAGAAAAGAAAGAAAUUAGUUGCCCAAUUUGUAGCAAAUGUUUUCCUCUAAGAAGACAGUUAAAAGACCAUAUGAAAGUCCACGGGGAGAAACCCUUUUACUGCUCAGUUUGUGACAAACGUUUUCAUCUUCAAGGCCGCUUCAACAAACACAUGAAAAUCCACGGAGAGAAGCCUUUCAGUUGCUCAGUUUGUGGUAAAGCGUUUGCCUUCAGGGGUUCUUUCAAUCAGCACAUGAGGAUCCACACAGGAGAGAAACCGUACACCUGUCCAGUUUGCAGCAAAAGCUUUAACCAGCACUUCACACUGGUCAAACACAGGAGGGUCCACACCGGAGAGAAACCGUACAGCUGCAGCGUUUGUAAUCAAAGAUUUGCUUACUUGUCCACGAUGAAAAGACACACAAGGCUUCACACGGGAGAGAAACCCUACGGCUGCAGCGUCUGUGGGAGGCGGUUCAAUCAAGUGGGGAACUUCAGAAGACAUAAGUGUGCCGGUGAGAGGCGAGAGCACAAGGAGAAGAAACCCCACAGCUGCAGCGUGUGUGAGAAGAGAUUCAGCAGCAACACAGACAUGGUCAGACACAUGAGGACGCACACGGGGGAGAAGCCCUUCACGUGCUCAGUCUGCAGCAGGAGGUUUAAUCUGCAGGAGACGCUGGUCAAACACAUGAGGACGCACACCGGGGAGAAGCCAAACCGCUGCAGCACGUGUGGGAAAGGGUUCAGCCAGCUGUUCAACAUGAAGAGACACAUGAGACUCCACACGGGAGAGAAACCCUACAGCUGCAGUGUGUGUGGGAGGGGCUUCCAUCAGAUGGUGCACGUCAAAACACACAAGUGUGUUGGUGAAGCUGCAGAGCCGCCAGACUCUUCAUCACUCCGGGACAAGAAACGUGUUAAAGCUCAUGAUCGUCCAGCAUUCAGGAGGAAACCCAAACCGUCUAGUCAGUGAUGUGAUUAGAGAUUAGUGAUCAGCCAAUGCUGGAUUUUCAGGGCUGAUAUGGAUUAUUAGUAAAACAGAACAGCAAUAACCUCUAUUUAAAUCCAAUCUGCAUAAACUUUGAUUUGAAUUAACAAAUGUGUAAUUAACAUUAUUACAUUAGUAAUAAAAUGCAGUGUAAUUACCAAACAGUUAAAGUUAAAUUAGGAUUGAUCCAGAGAGUUUCUGUCUGACUGCAGCAGGAGAUCUAAGGUUUGGACCUGGUGGCAGAACACGACACAAGUGAAAUAUUUUCCAAAGAUUUUCUUGGAAAAAAUGUGUUGCACAAACUGAAUGUAAGUGAAUUACUCAGGAAAUAUUUAAUUAAAAAAAUAAUUGCUAAAAAAUAGCAAAAAAUGAAUAUAUAUAUAUAUAUAAAUAAAUUUAUUUAAAAAUGAAAAUGACGUGUAAAGCUCAGCUCAGUGAUGUUUUUGUCUUAAUUGCCUCUUCAGGUGGGGGCCCUGGUUUAUCGAAAGUCAGCGUGGGGCCCGGGACAAAAAACAAACAAAAACAAGCAAUAAUGAACUUGUGAGGUAGUUUGUCUGUUCUCAGCAAUAAGAAUCUAACAGCAAGCUCGACCUUUACUGAACAGAGUUCAAACUUCCACUGAGUUUUACCGUGAGACCUUUACUCUUAAAGGGACGGAGUGUAGGAUCUAGCGCCAUCUAAUGGUGACAAGGCAGAAUGCCACGGAAUGCGCUCAUGUAGAUUAAAAGAUUAAUUCUAACUUUAUAAAAACACUAUCAUUCUUAAUUUCUGGGUUUUAUAUGCUUAAAAAUAUAAUUUUAAUGAGCAUUAUGUCCCACAAAAUCCAGCACACUGUUCCUUUAAGAGGGUAAAGAGAUGUUUUGUGGACUUCUGCGUGGAAAAAAGACCUUUAUAGAAACAAUGAUUGUUAUUAUGUUUUUUUAUUUUUACAGUUCAAAAAUGAAAUGCACAUGAAGCAACCCUGUUUCAAUUUGAAAAAACAGAUACUUUACAUGGAAGUGAAGGUUUCAGCACUAUCACUGUGUUUGAUGAAGACGGCUUUUCUGCUUGUUUGAUAAGGUGUCAUUUAUUCAGUAAAAUAAUUCCACGUGUUUUUUUAAUGUCUCUUAUCUUUCUUUUGUUAUUUUUCUGCUGAUUUUAAUAAAAUUAUUUUUGA